AUGAUAACAAUAAUAAUAAUAGAAGAAAUAAACAGUAAUAAAACUAUUACUACUAAAACUUGUCAUAAUUAUCUAUUCUAUUUACUAUUAUUAUUGUUCUAUGAACUUAUUUUAUUAUUAUUAUUAUUAUUAUUAUUAUUAUUAUUAUUAUUAUUAUUAUUAUUAUUAUUAUUAUUAUUAUUAUUAUUAUUAUUAUUAUUAUUAUUAUUAUUAUUAUUAUUAUUAUUAUUAUUAUUAUUAUUAUUAUUAUUAUUAUUAUUAUUAUUAUUAUUAUUAUUAUUAUUAUUAUUAUUAUUAUUAUUAUUAUUAUUAUUAUUAUUAUUAUUAUUAUUAUUAUUAUUAUUAUUAUUAUUAUUAUUAUUAUUAUUAUUAUUAUUAUUAUUAUUAUUAUUAUUAUUAUUAUUAUUAUUAUUAUUAUUAUUAUUAUUAUUAUUAUUAUUAUUAUUAUUAUUAUUAUUAUUAUUAUUAUUAUUAUUAUUAUUAUUAUUAUUAUUAUUAUUAUUAUUAUUAUUAUUAUUAUUAUUAUUAUUAUUAUUAUUAUUAUUAUUAUUAUUAUUAUUAUUAUUAUUAUUAUUAUUAUUAUUAUUAUUAUUAUUAUUAUUAUUAUUAUUAUUAUUAUUAUUAUUAUUAUUAUUAUUAUUAUUAUUAUUAUUAUUAUUAUUAUUAUUAUUAUUAUUAUUAUUAUUAUUAUUAUUAUUAUUAUUAUUAUUAUUAUUAUUAUUAUUAUUAUUAUUAUUAUUAUUAUUAUUAAUAUUAUUAUUAUUAUUAUUAUUAUUAUUAUUAUUAUUAUUAUUAUUAUUAUUAUUAUUAUUAUUAUUAUUAUUAUUAUUAUUAUUAUUAUUAUUAUUAUUAUUAUUAUUAUUAUUAUUAUUAUUAUUAUUAUUGUAUCAAUUUGUCAUUUCAACUACAGAACCCAAGACAGUUCCUUCCGGCAUCCUUAUGUAA